AUGCCGGACAAGAAAGCAACAACCCCUACAAGGACAGCCGAGUUGACUCUAGCGGGCCAAGUCGGAGGAGAGACAAACGAUUCCAGCCCAGGCCCUGCCUUGCUUUUGAUGCUUGUCAAUUUUGACCAGGAUCGAGCAGGCAUUGAUGAAUCAAUCAAAUUCAAGAGCAGAGAGACCCAUGGCUUGAACCCGGAAAAUAGCAAGGAUAAUUAA